AUAUGUUUCAGCUUUAUAUUUUUUGUAAUUGGGAUAGUAGGAAUUGUGGGUAACGGAUUGGUGAUGUAUGCGAUUCUAUGUGAUAACAAGAUGCGGGCGUCUGGAACCAACUUACUGAUUACGAACUUGGCGUUUGCUGACAUCUUAAUAAUGAUAUUUGGUAUACCAGAAAUCGUCCAGUUUAUGAUAAACAAAGGUUGGAUAUUAGACACUAUAUCGUGUAAAACUAACAGAUAUAUUUUAGUAACAAGUUUAUAUGGAUCUGUAUUAACAUUAAUGUCUAUCUGCAUAGAACGGUAUAUUGGAAUAAUACAUCCUAUAAAAGCUCAUAUACUAUGUAACAGACGACGAAUCGUGGUUGUGAUAGCCUUAAUAUGGCCCUCAUCGUGUUUAGCAGGAGCACCAACUUUAAUCUUUAAUCAAAUUUUACCAGGACACCCCAACCUACCUGGAUUAAAAUACUGUAUGUUAUCAUUUCCACAGAAUCCAGAUUUAUAUUUUCUUGUGUUUAAAUACACAGAAUUCGGAUUAUUUUAUGUUUUUCCAUUAAUGAUACAAGUGGCGUUAUAUUGUAUUGUAGCCAAACACCUAUUUAUGGGAUCUGAAAAAUUACACCGGCGUUUAACAGUGCUGGAUGAAAAUGGUUUUGCUAAAGAGCGAUCGUCUGAAGCGGUGCAAGCUCGGAAAGGAGUAGUGAAAAUGUUAAUCAUGAGUGUUGUGGUGUAUUUUGUCAGUUACUCACCUCACCAAGUUUUGUUGGUAUACAAUACCUUUAAUCCUAAACAUUUUCACGACAAUUGGACAUUUAGAGUGUUUGUGAUGAUAAUAGCCUACAUCAAUUCGGCUGCCAAUCCUAUUUUAUACAGUAUAUUUAGUCAAAACUUUAGA